AUGGGUGAAAAUAAGGAAAAUGAAUGGAAUCAAAAUAUGAAUAAUUCAAACAUCUUGGAAGUUUUGGCUGGAAAAAUUGAAUGUUUGCAAAUAACUAACUUUAUGUGUCAUUCGAAUUUGGAAAUCAAAUUCAAUAGCAUGAUAAAUUUUAUCACUGGACGAAAUGGAAGUGGGAAAAGUGCAAUCAUGACUGCUUUAAUCGUAGUAUUGGGAGGUACAGCAACUAUCACAGGCAGAGGAUCUGGUCUUUCAGAUUUUAUUAAAAAAGGUGAAAAUUGGGCAAAAAUCUCGAUAACAUUAUUAAACGAAGGACAUAAUUCUUAUAAAAAAGAAUACUAUGGAAGUAAAAUCAUAAUAUCGAGAAAUAUAUCGAAAACAGGGUCUAAUUCAUAUGUAUGUAAAUCAGAAAAUGGUGUCAUUGUGUCUAAGAAAAAAGAAGAAGUUGAUAAAAUAAUAUUAGCUUUCAAUUGGCAAAUAAAAAAUCCUGUUUGUAUAUUAAAUCAAGAUGUUGCUCGAAGUUUUUUAUGCACUAGCGAUGAUGAAAUGAGAUUUACAAUGUUUUCAAAAGCUACACAGUUGGAUUAUUUAAAAAUUUUAUAUGUUAAAACAAUGGAACUUUUAACAGUGACUAAAAAACAAUUACAAAUAAAAGAAAAGGGAGUAGAAAAAGCAAGUCAGGAAGUGCAAAGUCUCAAAGAAAAACUAGCAUUAUUUGUAAGUUUAGAAAAACGUGUACACGAAUUAAGAGAUUUAGAAAAUGAAUAUUUAUGGUCUUUGGUUGCUCAAGAAGAACAAAAAUUAGUUAAAUUUAACAUAGAAAAAAAAAAUUUACAUAAAAAAAAGGAAGAAAUUUUACAAGUGGAAAUUAGUUUUGAAAAAACACUCGGUGAUUUAAAAUUAGAAAUGGAAAACAUUGAAAAAAAAGUAAAAGAAUUAAAAAUUUUAGAAAAAGAAAAUAAAAAUGUCAAACAUAGUAUAACAAAUCAAGUUUUUGAAUUAGAAAAUGAAAUACAAAAAAAUGAAACUCAAUUGAAUCAUUUUUUAGGAAAAGAAGAAAGAAAUCAAUCUGAUAUAAAUGGAAUUAAAGAACAUUUGAUGAAAUGCGAAACCAGUUCUUCUCAAGAUGAGGAGGGAAAAAAACAAAUCAGCAAUAAAAUAAGUAAAUUAAAAGAAAAUUUAACCGAAUUGAGAGAAAAAAUGAAAAAUAUUGAAAUCGAAAUGAAUUCAGCUCAAGAUGCAAAAAUGCAAAACUCAAAAAUAUUAGAAGGUUUAAAUUUAGAAGUUGAAGAAUUACAACAAAAUAAAGUAAGAUUAGAAACUCUUAUUAGAAAUAGUAAAUUAAAAAAUCGAAAUAAUUAUCAUAAAUAUGGUCCAUUUACACAAGAUUUAUUAACCGCCAUUGAAGAUGCAUGGAAAAAAAAUUUAUUUAUCAAGAAACCAGUUGGACCUUGCGGUGUUCACGUGACAUUUUCAGGAGAUCCAAAAUGGGGAAAAGCUGUAGAAUCAAUUUUGGGUAGUCUCAUGACUUCGUAUUGCUGCGAUGGUCAAAAGGAUUUUCAAGUUUUAAGCGACAUAAUGAAUAAAGUUUGCGGAAACAAACAGCAUCCUCCUGUCAUCAUCAGUAAAUUUUUAUCAUCGAGACAUAACGUGUCGUCUAAAAGAGUAAUUUUGGAAAAUCAUCCAUCGAUUUUAGACGUUUUAACAUUUGAUAACGAUGUCGUAUUUAAUACGUUUAUAGAUCAGGCGAGGAUAGAAACGAUUGUCCUUUUCGAAACCGAUGAAGAAGCCGCAGCUUUGAUGUCACGCAUAGAAAAUGUACCGAAAAAUUUAUUCAUGGGAUUAACAAUUUCCUGCGAUCAAUAUUUUCCAGCUCCCAAUUAUAGAACGUAUUAUGGAAAUUCAAAGAGAAUGGUUAUGUUUUUCGAAAAUAUAUCGAGUAACGAGGAUGCGUUACAAAAAAUUGAAAUGGAAAGUCUGACCGUAAAUAAGUCGUUGGAGAGAAAAAAAUUGGAAAUUAUCGAAGCGAAAAAUUUAAAUGCGAAAGCAAACGACACUCUCAAAUCGUUCCAGGAAAAAAUGAAAGAAUUCAAACACGUGGAAAGAAAAAUUCAAGUGGAAAUAAAUCAAUUAUCUGAUUUUCAAGAUACCAGACCUGUGACAAUAACAAAAGUGGCUUUAGAAGAAGAGGUUUGGGAGAUUUCGUCGAAAGUAACUCAUUAUAGAAAUUGUAUCGACAAGCUGGUGUCGCAAAAAAACGAACUCGUAAUCAAAUUGAAUUCCAUGGCUAUGGACGAAACAAUAGCAGAAGAAAAUUUAAAAAAGAUUAAAGAAAGUUUGGAGGACAAAAAUAGAGAAUGCAGGGAUUUGGUGAAUCGAAAAAAUACCGCAAACGACAAAUUGAAUGACGUGGAAAAAAAAUUAAGGGAUCUCGGUGAUGAAAUGAUUAAAUGCGAAUUGGAAAUCAACAAUAAGUAUAGAGAAGCAGAAGAAAUUUGUCCGGAAAGGGUGGAUACGGAUAAAUCCCCCGUAGAAAUUCAAAAACAAUUGGAAAAAUGCAGGAGGUAUUUAAAAGCUGGGGAAAAAGUUGUGGGAUCGAAAGAGGAAACGAUUAAAAAUUACAAAAUAAAAUUAGAAGUUUAUAAAAACAUGAUGAAAAUGAUAGAAAUAUUAAAAUCCGUUUUGGAAACACUCGUACGAACGACUCGAAAUAAAUUGAAUCGAUUGAAAAUCUUACAAACUCACACGGCGAAUUUAGUUUCUUUUUAUUUCCAGGCGAUAUUGCAAACUCGAGGAUAUGAUGGACAAUUGAAAAUAGAUUUCGAUAAGAAAAUAUUAGAUUUGGAAGUCAUACCAAAAGAUGGAAGUUCGGCGAGAAAAGAUACGAAAACGUUUUCCGGAGGAGAAAGAUCUUAUUCGACGGUAUCGUUUAUACUCGCAGUAUGGAAAAUAGUUAAUUUACCCGUUUAUUUUUUGGACGAAUUUGAUGUUUUUAUGGAUAAGGUUAAUAGAAAGGUUAUUAUGGAUUUAUUACUGGAACAUGCAACUUUGAAUAGUAAUAAACAAUUUGUAUUUAUCACGCCGCAAGAUAUAUCAAACAUUCAAUCUUCGGAAGCAAUAUCUGUGUAUAAGUUACCAGAGCCAAAAAGAAAGGACAAUUAA